AUGUCCCCUACCAGCAAGCUAUUCGGGCUCUUCAGCCUUGCAGCAACUGCCCAGGCAGCAUGCUCCAACUUUAUGAUAGACGACUUCUCAAGAUCAUCCGUUGGCGGUACCAACAAGCUCGACUCGUGGACCAGUGACGACGGUUCCAUGUCAAAGGUCGCUAUCAGCAACGGAGCACUCACCUUCACCCCGAAAACCGAUACCUCCUCAUACUUCUAUGAGACCCUGGGAUGUGUGAAAGCAACUACUAAAGGCUACAAGGCCUUGUCACUAUCAAUCACUGGGCCUAAAGAUGCUUCCAUGUUGCUGGAGAUCCAGUCAAGAGCAACAUGUAACGACAACACAUACAAGAGUCAAUGGGUCACCAUCUCCGGCCUCACUGGUUCGCAGCAAACCGUUACCAUCUCUCUGUCUUCGUUCACGGAGGCAAACCUGGACGCCAUCACCGGAUUCGUCUGGUCCACAUACUCUCAGUUCUCCUCGUAUUCGUUCGACAACUUGCAGUUCCUGUGCAGUGAUGUUACCAGUCCAUCUGCUCCAGCGACACCGGUUUCGAGCAACCCUCCGUCAAGUUCAACUCUUUCGGGCGCUACCACUCGCACUUCGGUAUCAUCAUCAUCAUCAUCCGGAACGAGUACCGCUGCCAGCAGUACAUCUUCGGUAGCUUCAAGUGUCCGCUCAUCGUCCUCGUCCAUCACUUCAUUGUCGCCUGCUUCAUCGAGCUGUAGCAAUAUUCUCAUCGAUGACUGGGAGUCCCAGUCACGGCUGACCUUCCUCUUCUACAACGCCAUGCUUCAGCCAAGCAGCGAUGACGGUACUAUGAAGAGCAUCGCUGUGAGCGGUAACAGAGUUACCUUGACCCCAAACAACAAGGACUCUUAUUUCUACAGCAAGACUGCCUGUACGAAUGUCAAGACUCCGGCAUAUGGCGGUAUUUCUCUGCGCAUCAAGGCCAACAAGGGGACGACUUUCCAAGUCCAGAUGGCUUCGCCGACGACCUGUGGCGGCGAAGACGCAGUUUUCGGCUUUCAGACUACAGCUGAACUCGGAUGGACGUUCGACGGCACCGAAAAGCUUUACAGUUUUCCCUUCUCCAAGUUCCCUGCCAUCGACCAGUCCAAGGUAUCUUCAAUCUUGUUCGGUUCACUCUCGGGAGCUGUGACUUUUGGUCCCAUGGCCUUCUACUGCGGCAGCACACCCUCCGAGUACAUCGUCAAGACUCAGCCGGCCGCUUCUGCCACAGCUUCAACUGUCGCCGCGCCUAGUGCCACGAUCCCGUCCAAGGUCAUUGACGCCUUUGCAAGCCAGAGCCAAAACGCCCUCGGAUUCUGGCAUGGAGGUGAUGUCGACACUGCAGCGAAGUGGACCAAGGGCAAGGUCGUCAUCAAGGCACCGGACGCCGACUACUCUUACUACACGCAAUUUGGAGAUGGCUGCACCGACAUGACCAUGUAUGAUGGUUCUUACUUGCACGUCGCCUACUCAGGAAGCAACAAGUUCACCAUUGCCAUGCAGCAGCACAACACGCAAUGCAGCGACACUGUAGCCCCUUUCCCCGAGACCUGGGAUUCAUUGGAGGCGGCUCGCUAUGCCACUGGCAACGAUAUUUACAUCCCCAUUUCCCACUUCAACAUUAUCCGCAAGCGUGCUGUCGGCCUAGCCUUCAAGGGCUUCUACACCAACGAGGCAGUCACUUUGACCAAGGUCGAAAUCGUCUCAUCCGUUCCCGCCAAUACGCUCAUUCCUAACAAGUUGUCCACCGGUAACCUGGUUUUUGCUUGCAAGCGACCCAACUCGAUUGCCUUUGCCAUCGAUGACGGUGACCCAAAGUACGCCCAGGAGGUCAUGGACGUCAUCAGGUCGGAGAAUAUCAAGGUCACCUUCUUCACCGUCGGUGCUCCCCUGAGAGACCCCUCUACGAAUCUGAGCAACAUCUACCAGGACAUGAUGAAGGAAGGCCACCAAAUGGCCCUUCACAGCUACACCCACCCUAGAAUGGAGGGACUUCCCAACAACGAUGCCAUCAUGUGGGAGUACAGCCAAGACAUCGCCGCUGUGAAGGAGCAGUUCGGCAUCACGACCAAGUACUUCCGGCCUCCUUUCGGUAACGAGGGUGCUCGUAUGCGACAGCAGCUAGUUGCGGCGACGGGAAGCAACAACCCCUACAUCGUCAACUGGAACAUCGACGUCGAGGAUUGGCUCUAUGCCCAGUCCGAUACCCCCGAGCAGCAAAAGGUGUCAUUCAAGCGCGACCUUGACAAGGGCGGCAGUCUGGUCGUCAUGCACUACUUGUACCCCAGUACUGUCAGCUAUCUAAGGGACUUCAUCAAGAUGGCCAAGGCCACAGGAAAGCAGCUUAUGCGGGUAGAUCAGUGUAUGGAGGACCCCGAUGCGCCUCCAUUGUAG